AUGGGGGAUCCUGACGAUCUUCAUGCUAGGAUUACCACAGCUGCCGGAAAAGCUGGUGUCCCCUACAUCAUGCCCAAUGCGUACGGAUACCCUCUCAAACCUGAGGGUGUGAAGGAUGAUGAUCCAUACGGAAAGCUGGUUCUCAAUCGAAUCGACGACGCUCAAAAUGGUGUCUCGUCUUCAGUGACACUGCCAUGUGGCUUCUGGUACGAGUGGAGCUUGGCAACCGGUGAGCAAUGGUUCGGUUUCACUAUCAAAGACCGGAAGGUGACCUUUUUCGAUGAUGGUACUCGCAUCAUCAGCGUCAGCACUUGGGACCAAUGUGGUCGCGCGCUGGCCGCUCUCCUGAGCCUGCCAGAGUCGGGGCCAACCCCUGCGCUUGCCGACUUCAAGAACAAGGAAGUUCGGAUCAAUAGUUUCCGUGUCUCGCAACGUGAUAUGCUAGAUAGUUUGCAUCGUGUACUAGGCACCACAGACUCUGACUGGGAGAUUAGUCACGAGAGGGUGGAUAAGCGCCUUGCAGACGGCGCCGAGGAGAUGGCUAAUGGUGUUUUUACGGGGUUCCCUAAAACGCUUUAUGGGGGUGUAUUUUUGCAAACCAAUAAGGAAGCCGACUUCGCAGGGACAAUGGAGUUGGCAAAUGAUAUACUGGGGCUACCUAAAGAGGAUUUGGAUGAAGCGACUAAGAGGGCGGUCGAUAUGGUGGCUGCAGGAUGGAACCCCUUUCCUGGGGUAUAA